AUGCCUUUCAUGUCGACCUCGUCCUCGAUCAUGUCAACCACAUCCACGAUGACCACUCAAAACCUCCUCCUGAUAAUCUCCCACAAAGAUGGCAUCUUCAUCCCAGAGAAUCUACCCGGCUUGCCCAUCUCCUCCACAUCCGCCAUCAUCAACAACGGCAUGACGGGCCUCAUCUCGGUGGACUUUCUUAUCGCGCUUACUGAUAUCUUGAGAGAUGAGGCAUUUGAUGGAUAUUCUUUUCAAACUGCCUGGAUCGACCCCGAGGGAUAUUACCAUGUUAUCCUCACUAGAGAUGAUACCCCGGAGGAGCGACCUACCACUCCAUUUACCAGCUUUUCCUCCUCCUCUACGGCAUCAUCUUCAUCCUCCUCUACUACCCCCUCUAUCAUAAUCAACAGCGACGACACCAAUCACACCGAACAGCCCACCGAAUGGUACACGGGCGAAGAGUCCCACUUUCAGAACUUCGAAGAAGAAGAAGAAGAAGAAGAAGAAGAAGAAGAAGAAGAAGAAGAAGAAGAAGAAGAAGAAGAAGAAGAACAAGUCAAUGGGCUAUCCAGCACCCUCGUAUGGGACCCCACCACCAACCACACCACCGGCACGAAUCCCUCCGCUCGGUGGUACACUUACGCGUUGGACGGGACUGCCCUGGAUGCCGAUACCGAAUCGGACCUGGACUUUGACUCUGCCAGUGAAGGGUCGAUGGGCUCCCUCCCAGCUCUAGUUUCCCCAAUUCUAGAGUCUGCUAGCGAAGGGUCAAUAGACUCCCUCCCAGCCCUAGUCCCCGCGCUUUCAGAUUUUGCUAGUGAAGGGUCAAUAGACUCCCGCCCAGUUCUAAUCCCCAGCCAUCUCCACGGAUGGGAGGUUGUCAACUAUGAUGAGGACAAGCUCCUGGCAAGACUGGAGCAGUUAUCAGUUAGCCUUAGGCCCCCUCUCGUUGAUAAAGGGAGGUUAGUACCGUUAGCCGACUUGUUUCGUUGA